AUGCUCCAGAGGCAGACGGGGCUCACCAAGACCCAGAUCCUCAACUGGAUGGCCAACGCACGGCGGCGAGGCAAGAUGGCGGAGCGUAGCCGGACAGACUCACCGCGCACACGGAGCCCAUCGCCAUCUAGGCCCGCCGACAUCCCCCCCCAACGGGCCGGGACGCCAGCACCGCAUAUGAAGCCGCUGGACCGAUGGGUUGACUCACCGCCCGAGAACGAGCCUGCAGCCGUGGCGGCCAUUGCGCGGGCCGUGCAAGAGUCGUCGUCGUCAGCCGGCCCAUCAAGCAGGAGGUCAUCUGGUGAUGGCAGUAGCGACAGAAAUUAUCGACCUUCACCGUCGAGCAGCGUAGGCGGCACGUCGCUAUCCAGCGGCGCAUCGGGUUACUCAUUCGACAGCCGGGACUCCAAGGGGUCCGUGGGAGCUGUGCCACGACGCCAUCAUGGACUGCGGAGCGCAAGGAGACGACGGAAGCCCGGGGACCGAGGGACACAUAGGGACAAGAACCCCGGCAAGUCGGGGACCAAGACGCCCCUCGUGGCGCCCAUCAAUACCUUCCAAUGUACCUUCUGCACCGAGACUUUCAGUUCAAAGCACACGUGGCAGCGACACGAGAAGUCACUCCACUUACCACUGGAGAGAUGGGUAUGCGCACCUAAAGGGCCCAGAGCCCUUGACGUCACUGGGACGAAAUCAACUUGCGCCUUUUGCGACUUACUCGACCCAGGCGACGAACACAUCUCCAUGCACAACUACGCUGUGUGCCACCAGAGGAAUCUCGAGGAAAGGACAUUCCACCGCAAGGACCACCUGGGACAGCACCUGCGGCUGGUUCAUAACCUCGCGCCCGAUGUGGUAGGGCGCAGACUUGCACAGUGGAAGAUGGACACACCGACGAUUCGGUCCGUGUGUGGGUUCUGCUCAACCUCCUUGGACUCUUGGGAGGCCCGCGCGGAUCAUCUGGCUGAACAUUUCAAGAUGGGAAACACCAUGGCCGACUGGAAGGGCGAUUGGGGGUUUGAGCCGCAUAUUCUGGCCAGAUUAGAAGACUCCCUAGCACCAUAUAUGAUUGCCCAGGAGCGCACUGCUCCAUUUCCUUUUGCCGCCAGCAAGACCCCAGUCGAGUCGCCCCGCAGCGCAUACGAGCUCAUAAAGCUGGAAUUGCUCAUCUUUGUAGACAUGUACUACGACAGGACGGGACGGAUCCCGUCAUCAGACGAGCUGCAGUUUGACGCCUGCCGCGUCAUCUUCACGGCUGAGGUGCCCUCGUACAGCCGUGAACAGGAGGAGCACCCAUCCUGGCUGCGCGACCUGGUCUUUUCGUCAGACAGCGUGGUGCGCAAGGCCCGGCUAAACCCCCUACGCCCGGCCGCCGAGAGCAGGCUCUCGUUCCUGGGUGUCAUAGGAAAGAAAGGCCCCUUUGACUCAUGUCCCCUCGAGGCACAGCUGGUCGAGUUCGUCGAGGAGCGUCGUCGACAGGGCGCAGACGAGAUCACUCCACAUCAGCUGCAGGCUGAAGCGUGCCGACUUAUGCACCUGGCCGAUCGUCUCUGGCCGUCGGCUCCGGCGGACAUACCAGCCACAUGGCUGAUGGGACUGGCCAAGUCGUGCACGGGGUGGCUAGACCUCUUUCGUGUCCGUGUCGGUCUCAUCCCACCCUUCGAACGCCCGGAGAGACCGACCCCGUGCAUCAUGGACACGUCAGCGCUUGACUCAGUCCUGAACAAUUACAACAUUCUAGAUGACAAGCUCAUCAGGAGGAUGGAGGCGCGCAGCAUGGAUCCAACCAACUCUGAGCUCCGCCAGCAGAUGCUCUCGUGCAUAAUGUCCGAGUUUGACGACGAAACCGACGCCGAGUGGAAACGGGCCGCUGCUGCCAAUGAUGCCUGGCUUGCCCGCUUCAAGAGACGUCACUUCGCCUGGUCGGGUAUGUACACUCCGCCCGCGUAUGAGCAGGAUGCGUCUCUCCAUGCCGCCGCCGCCGCCGCCGCUUCCUCAUCUUCACCUUCAGUCCUGGUCGCUCAGGGCAGCAGUCAGUACCAACCGUUGGCCAGCACCGCUGCCAACAUGACCGCAUGUGGUAACAUCGAAAGAAUUCUAAAGGCCCCUUAUUUCCUCAAUGAGCCCAAUUUUGACCGCUGGGUUCCCCGCGAACUGGCCCGUUGGGUCGCCGCCACAAUGUCCCCCAACAAUCCGAAUCAACAUGUCCCCACUGACGAGGAGCUACAGAACCAAUCCAGGUGGAUAAUGUAUGAGGAGUGA